UUUCCCAGGAAGGAGAGAUAUAUGAGCUGGUAGAUUCUCACUAGCUACAAGCCGUGUGCGGGUCUCUGCGGUUACACGCCAAGGAGUGAUGCUGUGAUAGGUAAACAUGUAGCAGCGAGGCGUGGUCACGGCCCUGUCCUUGCUGCGCCCCUCCACUCUGCAGCAUCGCCCCCUCUAUUUGUACAUUUGCCCAUGUCGUUUCAUUCCUCCUCCCACUUCGCAAAUUUGCUAGUACUCGUUUAGGCCACUGACCACUCUCCUCUCUUACGUUCCUCUGCCGCCAUCGCUGCGCAUCUCCAACCUUAGCUCCAAGGAGAACCAGCUAGCUAGCUGCGUCGUCUCUACUAAUCUAGGGUGACGCAUGGAGGAAGCUAGCAGCUAGCUUACUGUCCAAUCUCACUGCUUCACAAAGAAGCUUCUCUUUUCUUUUACUGUUCAGGAGGCUUCACUCUUCUCGGCAACCUCUCCCCAAUACAGACUAGCUGGCUGUAACGAGAUGGUCUCAUGGCCGUGAGAUCACCUCACCGAGCAUUCCUAGUGGCCAUGAUUCUGGUGAGCUUCCUUCUCGGAGCUGCAGCCGGCAUCCGCAGCACGACGCUGUCUUCUUCUCAGAGCCUAGCGGAGGACAAGUCGCGGCUGGGGUCGACGCCGCCGAGCUGCCACAACCGGUGCAACGCGUGCAACCCCUGCACGCCCGUCCAGGUGGCGGCGCUGCCGGGGGUUAGCCGCCCGGCGAGCGCCGCCGACCGAGUUGAUGUCGCCGGGUUCGCGCAGUACUCCAACUACAAACCGCUGGGUUGGAAAUGCCGCUGCGCCGGCCGCCUCUUCGACCCCUAGAUGUCAGUCUACUUAGCUCAAUUCUCGACGGCGCUCCGCCUCUGUAAUCUGAAUAUGUACUACUAUGCCAGUAGAUGAGUAUCAGGCCAUCAUCCUCCAUGGUCAGGUUUUGGUUAGUUAAUCUGCUCUGCUCCCUCUCCACUCUUCAAGGCUGCAACCACAGUUUUUCAUCGCCAUAUUUUUGUUGUGUUGAGUAACACUUUAACUAGCACAUGUAAGAGUGAUUGGGAGCAGUAAAUUCAGUGUAGAGUAGAGUGUAGUACUCCUAGCUACUAGUAGUAGAAGUAAUGCUCUGCUCAUGGCAUGUUAAAAAGGCAAAGGGCAAGCCUGCAUGGCUGCAUGUGACACCCUCUGAUGAAUCUGAUGAAGCUCUGAAUCCCAUCGUCACAA